AGAUGUUAAUGGCAUUAAGAAAAACAUCGAAAACUCGUCCCCGAUCCCCCACCUUACUGGCUAAGUAAUAAUAAAUUGACCUAUAAAUUCAGAGAAACCUUCGAUUCACCUCUAACCAAAUCUUCCAUUAAUUGGUAACGCCUCAAGCUUCAGGCCCUUCAGAUGGUCCGUCUAGUCGCUGAACACGCUAGCAAGCAGUGGGGAUCCAUUCCCCUUGCAAUCGGCUUGUUUGUCGCAGUAUCCGCUCUGGUAGCCUUAUGUGCUAAGCACACACGCCGUGCUCCACCAAAGUUUGAGGAAGAUGCAAUUGAUACAAAACUUGCACCAAAGUCACCUUGCUUGUUGAAGCCUAAGCAACUUGUGACAAAUAUUGGUAACAAAGCAAAACCAUUUAUCUGCAAGAAAGGUAAGCAGCCUGGAAAUGGAGGUUUAGAGGAGGGGGGAUUUGGAGGAGGUGGUUUGUGGCAGAAGGCAAUUUUGAUGGGCGAGAAAUGCAGGCCACCAGAAUUUGCAGGUGUAAUAUACUAUGAUAGCUAUGGAAAUCAGGUUUCGGAGCCACCACAAAGGUCACCAGGGGCAAGUCCCUUGCUGCGUUUUUCGCUUCCAGUAGCUAAACUUACGAGCUAGCCGUUUCUUGUACAAAAUUUGAU